GUCAGUGGGGUCUCCUUCAUCCUCUUCACAUCAUCAACACCAUCUAAUAAACUACAACGGCAAAGCUAAAACGACUUGAGAAUCUGCCAGACUUCACUCUCCCUUUGUACUGGGACCAUACGGCUGCGUGGGAGAGUAUGAAGGUGGUUGAAUUGCAGCCUUCCUCUGCAGAGUACCGGACAGUUAAGGAGGCCUUCAGACAAACUAUCACGAAGACUGUAAUAAAGCAUUUGCAGAAUGUUAAUCUGCGUCGGGCCUACGAAGCGCAGAAGAACCACAUUUUUGAUAAGAACAUAAAGGAGGGUGGCGCAGGUGAAAAGCUUCUGUACCACGGGACGACCCAGGACAACUGUGACUCCACCAUGAAAACUGGGUUCAACAGGAGCUUUGCUGGGCAAAACGCAACUGCAUAUGGUCAUGGAAGCUACUUUGCUGCAAACGCCAGCUACUCAGCCAACCCCACCUACUCCAGACCAGUUGCUGGGCCAAAGUGGCGUGAAGGUGCCUCCGCCUCGCAACAACCAGCAGCCACACGGCCGCCAUGACAGCGUGGUGGAUAGAAUAGA